UCAGGUACAGCCUGAACCUAGAGAGUGUAGACAGACACGGACAUCAUGGAGACUCGACCAUUGGCUGGGGAACCCCGUGCCAUCAUUGGGAUAGCUUAGGAGCCUUAUGAGAGUACUCCUGAGACCCAAGACAGUCUAAAACUGAAAUGGGCUUUUUAGUGAUCCUGGGGCAUUGCUCGGUGACACCAGCAGCAGAGUGCUACUUACAUUUAAAAUCCCCUGUGAUUUCUGCCUAGCUUGCCUAGCUGUCUUUGCAUUUUACCGGGCAUUUGAGUCAGAUGGCUUUUCAGCCCAUGGUUCACCUGCAGGUAGCCAAAGGCCACAGACCGUAUUUCAGACUUGCUGUUAGACAGAAUGCCCUGGAGUGUGGAGGCAUUUCUGCUUCAUGGAAAUGUCUGGAAGAUAGAUCAUUGACUUCCUGCCUAGAAUCGAGUGUGUGUGGUGGGUCUUCAGGGUAGGUGGCCCUGCACGUGGGGAGAAUGUGCGAGAGAGGCUUCUCUGCAUGGCCGCCUCUUACUGAUUCUCCCAGCCCCGCCCCCCAGGCAAGGAUUGCAGAGCUCAAACCCUGGGCACAAACCGGGUGUCCCUACAGACAUCAGUCAAGGAAAGUAAGCCAGCGUGAGGCCCGUGGCUCGUGCCUUGUUCCGACGGGCACGGGAAUCUGCCCGGGAGGCAUUGGUGGGGUGCGGAGAGGGGCAACGUGCAGGCUGAGGAGAGGCAAAGAGAAGGCCUCCUCCCCCUCAUCAUUGUGCAAGGUGGCGGUGGGUCCCUUGGCUAACCCAUUCACCUAAGUAGCAGUCUCCAUGUGCCUUCGGGUGACCCAGGCGUGGGUGAAUUCGGAGGGUCUCUGUGGAGGACCUCGCCGUCCUGGCUGUGACAAUGCUGAAAGGACCGUGUGGCUACUCCCUUGACCCUGGACACCCGUCCUGGCUUCUGCUGCCUGUUUGAAAGUAUACAUCUGGUGCGGGGCUCUCAAGGCCACGGCCUCAGAAAAUGAGCUCUGACCUUUGGGCAGCACAUCAGUGUGGGUCAGCCAGGUCCUGGGAGAUCGAGGAUACAAAGACAGUUGGUGGUUUGCCCCCAUGUUUGGCAUGGUUACUUUAAACCCGUAGAUGAGUGUCGGCUUUCUGGGUGAACUACCUUGUGUGACCAGAAUGUUGGCACACUGACAGGUCACUUGCAUGGCUGGCCUUUUAUUAGGUUACCGGCUAGCUGUGUUGCGAUGUCACCCCCAAGUGACCCGAGCCCCUUUGUGGUGUCUCAAGCUGCACUGUUAGCAAGGGGUGCUGCUGGCCACGAUACACUGUCAUGUUUACAGGAAGGAAGGAUGCACCACCGCCAAGGAUGGCUAACCACAAGAAAAGUCAUCCGACAGGCCAGGGGCCUGGCUUCAGGUUGGGCCGUUUCCUCCAGAAAUAGGGGUUCCCGCAAUUGGCUUGCAGAGCUAUGCUCCCCCAGCAGACCCUCCCCACACCCUGGCUUCAGGCUGCUGCUUGAAGAAAAUACUUCGCAAGCUUUGACUGAGGAGCCUUUGUUCAAAAGGCCACGCACCACCUGUGACGCCCUGUCCUUGGGAGCAGGCAAUUUCCUCUGCCUGCCCUUCCCCAAGAAGCUGCGGAACAUUGUUAAUAGCAAUCAGUUUGCAUCCAUUUGGUGGGACGAUGAUGGGACUUGCAUAGGCAUCGACGAGAAACUGUUCCAGAAGGAGUUUUUGGAGAGGCAUGGCCUGAACAAAGUGUUUGAAACAGACUGUAUGAAUUUCAUCCACCAGCUCGAUGGAAUCCUCUAUGGAUUCAACAAAAUUCUUCAGGAUGUCCUCCCAUCCAUGUGCCUGGCCAGCUUCUUCCCCGGAGACCCCAUGCUGAGCAAAGGGGCUGGAAAUCCCAGCAGCCCCGAUGGUGAUUGGGUGCCCGUGUCCCACUAUGGGCAGUGGCAAUGGCAGCAGAGACUGAAAAUGGGGAAGGUGCUCCGGAUGGGGCCUAGAAUGUUGGUGCUGGUUGUGAUCAACUCUGUUGUGACUUGGGAUUUCUUUUCCUCUUUCGAUUUUGCAUCUCAGUUACAGUUCUACAGCAGCCCCUUGUUUAAGGGAGCCUGCUCUCACCUCCUCGUGAGGAUGAAGAGGAGAGUGGGCAUUAAAUCUGGGUUAAGGCAGGUGGAGAGCAAGCCCGAAGCCCUGGGAAUUCCCCCAGCACCUGCAGCCACUGAACGACCAGAGGAACUCCCCACCUCUAAUGAGGACAAGUGGGAGCCGGUGAGUAGCCGAGAGCUUGACAGUCCUACUACCCCGGUCAGGAGUGAGUCCGCCCCUCCAGCCAUUCCAAGGAUGGCAGCCAGGCCCAACUUGGAUCUGGAUGCUGCAGGAGGCCGGCCGACCAGCGGCCAGCCUGAGGGCACCCAGGUCUUGACACUCCCAUGGCUGCCAUGGCCAUGCCUGGGGCCUUCCCCCUGGUCUGUCUCGCCCUGCCUUCUGCCCAUGUGCAUUCCUACGGGCCGCUGGUAGCUUUGCUGCCAUGCCUCCCACGCUCCUGGCACCCCCAGACCAGCCCGGGGACAUGUGCCAUCUGCGCCCCUCCCCAUGGCUGGGCUGCUGCCCUCGUGCCAUCACUGGAUGCCUGUCGUGGCUUCCAGAC